GCUUUAUAAAAUACAUCCACUCGCGUCCCCCCGACCUCUACGAGCAAUACUAAACAUUCACAAUGGCGGACGUUUUGGACAUUCAUGAAGCCGAAGAGGAUGAAGAAUUCCAGGUCGAUGAGGAAUCUGAUCAAAAUAUACAGAAGCUGAGGCAAAGUGUCAAGAAGAGGAAAGGGAGAGGAUUCGGUGCUGAAGGAGGAAUCCGUACAGCUGAUGAGGAGUUCCAGGGUCUAGAGAUUGAUACCAGUGAAUCAGGACCUCAGAGAUCUGUAGAGGGCUGGAUUUUAUUUGUGACCGGGGUACAUGAGGAGGCUACAGAGGAGGAUGUAAGAGAUAAGUUUGCUGACUAUGGAGAGAUAAAGAACACACAUGUCAACCUAGACAGGAGAACAGGUUACCUCAAGGGUUAUGUUCUGGUGGAGUUUGAAACCUUCAAGGAAGCACAGAAAGCCAUGGAUGCAUUGAAUGGUGAAGAUAUCUUGGGACAGACAAUCAACGUUGACUGGGCCUUUGUCAGAGGACCACACGAAACCGGAUCAUCAAAGAAAAGAAGUGGGAGAAGGCGCUAACAUCUGUAAUGAAGCAUAGGAGGAGCUCUUGGAAAUUCUUGUGAACCCCUUAACUUGUUUACCUGAUGUAAAGAAACAAGUCAUUACAUCAGCGUUUUUGUAAAUGGUUGUGAGCAAUCAAAAUUUAGUCAAAUUCUUUGACAGUUCUAAACAUGGUUCUUCUAAUAGAUUAGAGCAAGUCCAAGAUAUUCUGGUCAUCUACUCCACAUGAAUCAAGAAAAUGAACACAAACUCACAUUGCAAGCGUUGUUUUGUUAUUUGGCCUGAUUCAAGCCCCACUAGGGCUGCUGUAGUAAACAAAAAUUGAAGAUCUUUGUUAAACAUGAGGGACCAAUUACUAUAGACUUGUUCAAAAGAGUUUAAUUACAUAAUGAUCACAAAACACUCACCAACUUAUUUAUAAAACUGUGUUUCAGUUAACAUUGGCACAAGUUCAAAGGACAUUUGAAUAUUUAAAAUCAGUCAUCCUUAACUUCACUUUCAAGCUUUUAAAAGGAGAGGGAAACCAUAUGAUCCGAGAUUCGUUCAGUGGUAAUCUUCAAUCUUGAGAGAUUUAAUGAGCAUGUAUGAGUGAAGUUACGAUUAACUGCUACAAAUCUCAUUCAUGCCACAGUCCCAGGUAAAAAUGUACAAAUAUGUCCUAUAAUGAUGUAGACAAACAAGAUAUAUAUUCAAAAGCUGUCAUAUUUUGACCAGAUCUGUAGUUUUGAAAAUUUUGAAUUCCUAAAUAACAUCUGUUAUUUGGAAUACAUGUCAUGUUACCUGUAUAUAGCUGUAUGCUUAGUUAAGUAUGUCACAAUAAUUAGGUUUGCCUUGUGUACAUAAUUGUUAAGUUUUUUUAAAUUCCACUAUAGGUUGUAUUUUGUUGACUCUCUCAUUUUUCAUGUUAUGUUUUAUUCAGGUUAAUUAUGUUGUUCAUGUACUGUAAGUAUCAACAUUACUAGAAAUAUGGGUCUGAACAGUUAAUGCCUGUGCACAACUUUGAAAUCAUGACCACCUUGUUUAUAACAACAAUUUUCCAAAUUUGCCUCAGAUAAGUUAACUUCAGCACCCACAAAAAACUAUUGUCCUGAAAAUUUUCAUCAAUACAUAUUUUUGAAGCAACAUGUACAAACUUUUGUAUCUUUUUUAUGAGAUACAAAUUUUGUAAUGAAGGGAUGAUGACCGUUGGGGGACAGUGGCCUUAUAACUGGGAGUAUCCCAUGUUUGAACAAAAAAGGGCCCUUUGGUAUUAAGACGUUCUUCCUCUUCUUUACCUGGGAUAGGACCUAGCAGUCAAUGUCGGUCCACCGGUUGCCUAUUUGAAGCAGUAACGUUUGUUUUCUUAGCUGUCAUGUGCAAUAAGAAUCAGCAUCAAGGGCACUAAGUUAACUAUUCUGGCCAUAUAUGACUUUCCUGGCCAUAUAUGACUUUCCUGUUUGAAAAUUGUACAAGUCAAUUUGUGAAACAUAUUCAAACAUUUUAAUAUAUUUAGACAUUUUUUCCAAACUCUACUGUUGAUAGUUGGGAUGGAUAUUGGCCCAAACUCAGUUGAAUUCAUUUCAUUCCUGUUCAGUAUUUCAAGGGACUUUAACUGAAGGGUAACAUUGAUGAAGACAAAAAGUGAAAUGCAAACAAAGUGCACAUUUCGGUUUGCAAUGUUUAUGAAGUAAGGUGUUCAAACUAUUUUAUGUAUUACAUUCAAAGUAAGAAAUAAAAGCAACAAACAAUUCCUUUUUUUUGGAAAGUA